AGGAAUAGACGAGAAUUGAAGAUAGGGAGAAAUCUGAAGGAGGGAGGGAGGCAUAUAGAUUUGAUUGAUUGAACUAACUUCGAAUGAAGGAUGAGUAGCUGAAGAAGCAGGAAGAAGAAGAAGAAGAAGAAGAAGAAAAAAGAAAUCUUUAACACUAACAAACUAUGCAAGGCCUUGUUUUCCAGACGCCAUCAAUCAUUUCAAGAGGAAAGCUCCCAUUGCUUGCCUUUACUCCUCGAUGGGCAGGAGGCCAAUUCUCCUCCAAAUCACCAACUUUACCAUCUUCAUUAAGAUGUAGAGAAUCACUAGGAUCAAAAUCUGUUGGCUGCUCAAUCAUACCUCAUGCAUCUAACACUGGAAUUGGAUCCGGCACCUUUGAAGGCGGCAAGGAGGAGGAGGAGACUGACAACACUCAAAAGAUCACUGCAAAAUCACCGGAGACUGACAAUUCAUCUCUAAUUGUGGAGCCUCCUACCAAUAUUUCAUAUCCUCUGUCUAUAGCCUUAGUGCUAAUUGGAUGUGGCCUGGUUUUUUCCCUCAUCACCUUUGUGAAAGGGGGACCUUCGUCUAUCUUAGCAGCGAUUGCGAAAUCGGGUUUCACUGCUGCUUUCUCGUUGAUUUUAAUUUCUGAAAUUGGCGACAAGACAUUCUUCAUUGCUGCACUCUUGGCAAUGCAAUAUGAGAGAGGACUGGUUCUUUUGGGUUCAAUGGGUGCACUUUCACUUAUGACUAUCUUGUCUGUGAUAAUUGGACGGAUAUUCCAAUCUGUACCUGCUCAGUUUCAGACGACGUUGCCAAUUGGAGAAUAUGCAGCGGUUACACUUUUGAUGUUCUUUGGGCUCAAGUCGAUUAAAGAAGCAUGGGACCUUCCGAGCGAAACCAGAGGUGGAGAGACUGAUCAGAUGGGUGAAUUUGUCGAAGCAGAGGAACUUGUAAAAGAAAAGGUGUCAAAACCGCUAUCAAAUCCACUUGAAAUUGUAUGGAAGUCAUUCAGCCUUGUAUUCUUUGCUGAAUGGGGAGAUCGGUCCAUGCUUGCAACAAUAGCUCUUGGCGCCGCUCAGUCUCCUUGGGGUGUUGCGAGUGGAGCCAUAGUUGGCCAUUUAAUAGCAACAGCAAUUGCCAUUCUAGGAGGAGCUUUUCUCGCCAAUUAUAUUUCAGAGAAAUUGGUCGGCUACAUCGGUGGAGCACUAUUUCUCGUAUUCGCAGUCGCGACGUUUCUUGGAGUAUUCUGAUAUUUGUAGCAGGAUGAUUACUUACUUGAUUAUUGUGUUAUAUAACUUUGCAGGAAUCAAAGACAAAUGUUUGUUUUAAACUGACAAAUAUAAUCCUUUCACACA